GAGGGGACGACGACAAAGACUUUGACAUUCAGAGAAAUAGCGGAACCAUCUCCAUCGCCCGGCGCCUCGACGCAGCUCGCCACUCCAACUACAACCUGACAGUGCGAGUCACUGACGGCCACCACUCGGCCACCGCGCAGGCCUACGUCCGUGUGCUGGACAUGAACGAACACCGGCCCGUCUUCCUGAAGUCACUGUACGAGGUGAGGGUCCCAGAGGACACGUCCCCGUGGAAGGACAUCCUGCAGAUCAGCGCUCAGGACGCAGACGCCAACAGUAAGCUGGUUUACUCCGUCCACAGCAGCCUCCACCCGGACAGCACCAAGUUCUUCCACCUGGACCCAAAGAGUGGCGUCCUGGUGAUGACAGAGGAGCUCGACUACGAGACCAUCUCCGUCCACACGCUCAUUGUCAUGGUUCGUGACCAGGAAAUCCCAGUGAAGAGGAACUUUGUGAAGGUGGUCAUUCACGUGGAAGACUGCAACGACCACUCGCCGGCGUUCCUCAGCCCGCGCUAUGAGGCCACCGUCUCUAAUCUGGCUCCCACAGGCUCGGAGGUCAUCAGGGUCAAGGCACUGGACAAGGACAUGGGCAGCAACGCCGACAUCAGCUACUCCCUGCACUCCG